UUGUUAGGUGCAUUCUGGGAUGUUUCUUUCGUACUCCGGUAGUAGAUAAUACGUAACAAUUUUUGGUAAUAUCUCAUCCGUCAGUAUCCUUGUUUUCUUUAUUGCUGAUGCGGCAGGCUUAUGUGGCGAGAGUCGUGGCGGGAGUUAUCACAUCCUCUUGGGUUUGUCAAUUUAGCGAUGUGGCUGUUCAGCGGGCGGUGCAGGAGCCGGGCGCGGCUGGACGGCAAGACGGCAGUCAUCACCGGCUGCAACACCGGCAUCGGCAAGCAGACGGCCCUCGACUUCGUCCGCAGAGGGGCGCGCGUGAUCAUGGCGUGCCGGGACCUGCAGAAGGCCGAGCUGGCCGCCGAGGACAUACGAGCCCUCACGAAGGACGUGGAGGGCGCGGGUCGCGUGGUGGUGAUGAGGCUGGACCUGGCGUCGCUGGCGUCGGUGCGCGAGUGCGCCCGCCGCCUCCUGGAGACGGAGCAGCGCAUCCACCUGCUCAUCAACAAUGCCGGCGUGAUGGCCUGCCCCAAGGCCGUGACCGAGGACGGCCUGGAGAUGCAGCUGGCGGUCAACCACCUGGGCCACUUCUUGCUCACGUGCCUGCUGCUGCCCAGGAUCAUCAGGUCCGCCCCGGCGAGGAUCGUCAACGUGUCGUCCCUGGCGCACAUGGCUGGCAGCAUAAACUUUGACGAUCUGAACUCGGAGAAGUCGUACAGCGCCACCUUUGCCUACGGCCAAAGCAAACUGGCCAACAUUCUUUUCACCAAGGAGCUUGCGAAGAGGUUGAAAGGCACGGGAGUGACGACGUACUCGCUGCACCCGGGCGUGGUCGCCACCGAGCUGGGACGCCACUUCGACUCGACGUACUUCUGGGGCGUCACGUGGCUCUUCAACAACGUGGCGAGCCUCGUGACCAAGACCCCGGAGCAAGGCGCCCAGACGACCAUCUACUGCGCCGUGGAAGAGUCUCUGGCCGAGGAGUCCGGCUUGUACUACAGCGACUGCAAGAAGACGAGGCCCUCGGCCAAGGCGCGCGACGACGAGACGGCCCGCCGCCUGUGGGAGGAGAGCGCCAGGAUCGUGGCGCUGGGCGACUGGGACCCCUGCACCGCCGAGGACUCCGCCCCUCCGAGCGCGGCCCCCUGACGCGGCUGCACCUCUGCCGUCCCUGCUGUCCCGGGCGACACACGUCCUGGAACACCUCGACACCAACUCACGGCUUUACACACAUCCAACACUGCUAGCUGUCUUCGAACGGGUUCAUGAAGUAACGUGUAGAUAUCAUCAUGAGUUACUUUCCAUCGGUUGUAAAAAAUAACACAGUUACUUAGGAAACAUACACUCAAUUCAAUUUAUAAAUAUAAUGCACGGCGACUAUGGGCACAGCCAGCCAUAGGAACGGGAAGUAGCUUAUUGCCUUGGUUCAAAGUUUCAAUAAACUUCGUCUGCAUUAUUAUUGUAACGUUUUACUUACCCCAAUAUUGCAGAGAUCAGUCAAUGUGAUCGUUGUUUUGUGGUUUUAGUUGCAAAUAAUGCUGUAUCCAAUAAAACAGUAAUUGUUUUAAGAUAGAUAUAACCAAACAUAGGCAGUUUCAAUCGGGAAUAAACCAGAUUUAUAACUAUGAUUAUUUUUUAUCUAGGUCCAGUGGGUUAGUGUUUACUUUUUACAAUCAAACACAUACUCUCUUUAUAUUAUUUGUAUUGUUAUAUAGUUCACACUUAAUUUACAUUAUUCACGAUCUGUAAGCAUUACACAACCAUCACUUGACAUUACAUUUUCUUAUUUGCAUUUAAUUGGUAACCAUUAAAAUAAUUUUACUUAAUCCCCCCAUGACUCAUUUGAAACAUAGGAAAUGUUUCAUGACCAAAAUGACCAAUGUUUAACAAAGAAAACAUUAAUCACAACAAAAAUGCCACAGAUUUUCUGCAAUUAUAUAAAGAGUGUUUUUUCGCCUUAUUUUCAAGAUAACUGUUUGUAACUGACUAGAUGCUUUGAAUAUAGUAUAGAUUAUAUAUAUAUAUAUAUAUAUAUAUAUAUAUAUAUAUAUAUAUAUAUAUAUAUAUAUAUAUUCAAAGCUAGAUGCAAACCUGCAUUUCACAAUAUGGUUCACAUGUCUCCCAUGAAAACUCCAUCACCCAUAUCCAAUGUACAAUUUUCCACCCACCAGUCCACACUCGUGCAGGCAAUUUGUUUGCCAUAGUAAUUAAUGUGAAAAAAAAAAGUUUGUGAUAAUUUUUGGUCAAUAUGGAGAACUUAAAUACUAGCUUAUCUGUACUUUUGUCAUUUAUUACUGUUACAUACAUGAUUUGUACUGUUGUAUUAUGAGAAUGUGAACUUAGAUUUAUUAUUUUGUAUCACACUUUACUAAAUGUCAAAUAUAUUGUUUUAGUAUUUUUAAACAAUACUACUCAAAUUGAACCAAAAUUAAAUCCCUGUUUACCUUUUACAACAUAAAUACAGCUUUUCCGAGAAAGUUUUCUGCCGGAUUAUCAAAAUAUCGUAAUUUUUCUCAGCUGCUAGUUAAUCCAAGGAGAGGGGUCCAAUUAUUAUUAAAAAAGUUAAAAUAAGACUGCUUCGAAAAUUCAAGGCAUAAACACUUUGACAUAACCAAAAUAUGUCAAGACGCCCUGAAAUAAUAGUACAACUAGUUCGGUAAAGAUGCAUACCAUAGAAGAUAUACAGGUAUGUGUGAAUGAUUAGAUUUGCCAUGACGUUCAUCUGUAAUGACCAUUAGAGUGCAUUUGGGGCUCCACAACAAUUGCAUGCGACAAGUAUGAGAGAAGCAUCACACAGGUAACUUAUAUAGUUUUACCACUUAUCAGCCCUUGUCAUACGUAGCUUUAUAGGUGUUGCAUUAUAAUCUUGUGUAAGGCUGGGCGCAACUGGAAGGCACACGUGGGGUCUCUGUGGCUUGAGUUCGCUAGCGCGUUGCACUCUCACUGUAAUUUUUUUUUAAUGAAAAGAAAUAUUCAUGUAAAAUAACAGAUACUCGAGAAUUUUGUAAAUUUACGUGAAAACAACUGUAUCACUGCAAAAUAGUGUCCGCAGUAAUACUGAGUUCGGAUUCUUAUCUGGGCAUUUAUGGCUUUGUGUUGUCCCAAUAGCUCCCAUAGUUAAAGUUAUUUGUAAUCUGUUCCCUGAAUAGCUUUCCAGUACUAAAUGCGCACAUUAAAGAACACAAUUAAAUAAAUUAUAUUUAGUGAAUAUUUGAUUUAAGGUUAAAAAAAAUAUAUGCUUGAAUAAAAAAUUAAUUUUUCAUAAAUGCAAAAAAAAAAAAAAAAAAGCCAUGUGUUGUACACAUUUACAAUAUAUUACUGUUAGUUUUGAAAUUAUAUUUCUUGGCAACUGGUUCCCAUAGGUAUAUUUUGUAAAGGUAGGAACAUAAGAUUUUUUUCCCUGUGUGUGGUGACAGUCGCGGGUUAGAUCCCCAACACCGGCAUGAGAAAAACUUAUGAACACAGAGUCACUUCCAAGAGGUUCGAAGCCCACUAUAAUCUUGGAGGUCCUGUUGCCUUAAGAAUACGCGGGGAAUCGUGCGACCUCAAACACACAAAAAAAAAAACCAUGGACGUGAUGUAAUGGGGACAACAGUUUCGUUUGAUCGCUUUUCCAAUUAUUAUUUAUUGCUUCGAUGAUGUCUUCUUCAGUAAUUACGUCGUUCUCGGCAAGACGUGAGGCCUUGAAGCAAGAAUGUAUGUCAACUUAAGGCCACUGAAUAUGAAAAAUUAGAGUAGGUUUCUCUUCAAUCACGCAUUAGGACAUAAUAAUAAGCAGUAGUAGUAUAUAUAAUAUUAAUAAUUGGUACUUUUUAUUUUAUAAUUUUAGGGUUGCAAAAAAGCACUUAAGGGUAAAUGCACCAUUCCAAGUCAUUAUUUUAUUAUUACCUUUUAACAUGGUUAAACUUGCAUACUGUUUGAGUGGACGAACUUCAACAAAAUGAAAAAUGUGUGUGUGUAUAUAAAUGUAUAUAUAGCGUACCUUUUGCAUAAUUAGCUGGCAAAGUUCAAUUUUUAACAUUUUUGUGCAGUAUGUAUUAAAUAACUGA